AUGGCCGACGCUGAGUUCAUCCUCUACACGACCCUCAGGAUCAUCGGCGUACUCGCCUCAAUCUAUAUGUUCUUGAUGGGACUGGACAUGAUGGGCAGCUCUUUCCUUGUGCUUGGAGGCAAAGGUGCAGGAGACCUCUUCACGAUUGUGGACAACCCUGUGACAGGUUUGAUGGUGGGCAUUAUUGCGACCGUGCUGGUUCAGUCCUCCUCCACGAGCACCUCGAUCGUGGUUGGCCUGGUGGGGGCCGGUCAGGUGUCCGUGAAAUAUGCGGCCGCUUUGCUGGACUACCUCCUCGUGGUAGCGGCGGGCCUGAGCAGUGUGUUCAGGACUGCCGGUGACACGUUUGCCCGCCUCGCUGUCGUGACUGCCAACGCCAUCCAUCACCAGGCUACUGGACCCCGGGUAGUCACCGCGUACACUGCCGAGCAGCUUCAGGAUGUGCUUAACUGGGCUUCGGCCUCUAAACCUGAGCACCCCACCACGUGCGCCGACUUCGUCUCUGAGGACACUACGCACAAAGUGUUGGUGCAGCUGCCUGGUGCCCCAAGCCUCUCUUUGCAAAAGGUUAAACUUCACCAGCUCACUGCUGACGGGCCGAUGCCGGAUGGGCUUGCUGUGAAAUCGGAGUUCGAUGACGACCGAGAGUUUGCAGGCACUUCCAAGGCCGACUGGAAAGUCUUCCGACUUACCUUAGUGCGUGAGUUUGCCGAUGCUUCUCGUUUCGCUGAUGGUUGCAACCGGCCUCAAGGCCUGCCUGGAAUGAUGCUGUCUCCGGCUUUGGCCUCCAAGGUUGUUCGCACUUUCGCUGUCGCGGUCUACGAGACUGAAGUGACGUGCUUGAUCAAAGUUCGCAUUGCUGACGCUGCGCUCUUUAAUAAAGCCAAGCCUUGGCCCGGAGCUUUCUUGCAGGUUCAACGGGACCCCGAUUCUCACAUUGCGUGGUUUGCACGACGUGAUGCCGAGACAACCGAACAAUACUUUGCUCGCGUCAGUGCCGAGGCUGCUUCUGCCGAGGGCCGCUGUUUGGCCUACAGGCCUGGUGGACGUGCCAACUUGGGAGUGCGGUCAAGGUCCCAGCUCCCCAGCCUCGACGGGAGCAUCGCCCCUCGAUGGAUUCUGUCCAAUGCCCCUCAAGAUUGGCUCACCGACGAAGUUUCCUCGUGGCUCGCCAACCACGGCUUUGCUUCACCCAGUCAGCUCCAACGUGCUGGACCUGCCGCCUGGUACUUCAGGGCUUGGCCUAAGGAAGGGGUUGGACUCGGUGUGUACGCCAACGGCUUUGUUGUGUCGCCUGCCUCAGGGGGCUCCUCCAAGAAAAAGAAGGCGCUUUCCACUGUUGGCCCGGUUUGGGGCGCUGGUUGUGCUAAGACUGGGGACUCCGCGGCCAAACCUCCUGCUGCUGUCGUCUCUCCCGCUGAUGCCGCCACUAAAGAGGAGGAUGCCGCCAUGAAGGAUGGAACUGAGACUGGUGCUCAAGAGAGGACGCGUUCCCGCUCCCGUGGGCGGCAGGCUUCUUCUCAGCCCAAUACCCAGGAGCCGCAGUCAAGUGCUGCUCGUGCGCGGCCCCGCAUGCCUCACGAUAGCAAGUUCGAUACCGUCGAGUGCGGCGGAGCCGGAGAUUGCGCUUUCACUAGCAUUGCCACGGCUUUGGCUCGCUGGGCUAACACCGGUGCCACGCCCAAGGACCUGGCCCCCGGUGGCAAACUGCAGGGUUGGCUCCGGUGCGAGGCCGCUAAGUUCAUGCGUCAGAAGCGAGAUGAGUUUGCGGACAUCGGUAAUCCCGAUAGCAUGGCUACUGCUGUUGCUCGAGCGGGCACUUGGGCCGACAGCCCUGCUAUGUGCGCUUUGGCGGGCGCUCUUCGACUCCAGUUCCGUAUCUGGGCGUUUGACUCGGUGCAGAAUGUGUGGCGGCUGCAUCUGGUCGGGCCGGACCCCGGCCGCAAUGCCCCUAAGAAGCCUCGCAAAGCCUCUGCCCAGCCUGCGGUUGUAUGGCUUGUGCUUGUUGAUCGCCAUUACCAGUGGCUUCGGCCCAAAGGCGAUGACUGGAUUCUUGAGGAGGCCGUCCCCGGAAACGCCAUCAGAGUGCACAGCAGCGCCAAUUUUGAGAUCCUUCGCGGGGCGGGUAAGGCGAGCGCUGCCUCCAGCGCCUCUAGCCGGGCUGCUGGGCGCGGCUCAGGCGGCUCGUGUGCGCGGCUCCUUGGACUCCGUCGUUCGGCUUCUGGUGGUGCGUCGUGCAAGACCUCGGGAGCAAGUUCGUGCGCUCGUUUGCUGGGGAUUCAGAACCCCCUGUCUGUUGCCAGUGCAGCUUCCUCUGCGCGCAAACUGCUGGGCCUGGGACGCCAGACUCGUGCCUCUGAGGCCUCUCUGUCCCCCGAGCAACUUCUGGGAGUCGAGGCUGCUGCUGCGGCUCAUGAGCCUUACAAGAAAGGAGACCUCUAUCUCUGCCCUUGCGGAUGGCGGCCCGCUGAAGGCACCGGAGCCGACAUGCGCCGCCGCGCUCAGUUGCAUUGGAGACUCUGCCAGGGCACCGCGCCCCCCCGAGCCACUGAUCAGGCUGUUCUCCAGAGACUCGCCCGUCAAUCUGUUGCUAACUCCGAGGUCAGGCGGCAAUCUGCUGUGCUUAAGUUUCAGAAGUGGCUUCGAAGCCUGUCCGGUAAGUGGCGGCGAGCAGCGUGUGAUCCCAACCUGGAUUGCCCUCAGACCAUCUGCCGCGGCUCUGCCGCUGCCUCGCCCCGCGGGCCCAGUACCGAAAGCGGCUUCGUCUGCAGCAAGUGUGGGAAGUUGAAGACCUUAUCUGCUUUCCGCCAACAACCCUGUGCGGCUCGCAGUGCAAAGCUUGGCAUCGUCGGCCAUGACUGGGUCGUCAAGAUGCGUGGCGCCGAGGUUGCUCUUCGUCUUAAGGAGUCUCUGCGUACUUGUGCCAGGAAAUGGCGGCGUACCGACAAAGGUCAGGCUGCUUCCAAGGCCCGCGAAGACAAGCGCCGUGGCACGCGAGACUGGUCCAGGAAAGAGCGGCUCCUGACAGUGUUAGAUGAGGCUGCACGCGUUGGUGCAGACUUUGUCAUGCUGCAAGAGACCCGGCAUUGGGACAAGUGUUGCUGGGCUUCUAAGGGGGCACGACAGUCCUCUGGCGUACUGAUGCUCGAUCUGCAAGUUUCCAAGUUGAACACCGCUGACCCGAACCUGCUGUCCGCGGUCCUGCGUGCAGCCUCCGAGUUGAACAGACCCACCUUUUUGCUGGGAGAUUUCAAUUGGAAAGGCGCUGUUGUCAAGGCCCCAGUGUCCGUCAGGCCCGCAGACACGGCGGGAACGCGGCUCUCACUGUUUCCCAGGCUAGGCUACAUUGCUUUAGAGGAAACAGCCGCUUCGCGGGCCAGGAAAGCACAGUGGAGGCGUCAGUUUACCGCUUCUGUCACGGAAGCCCCAGGAAAUGCUUGGCAGAGCGUGCUGCAGCGAGCUGGCGUGCAGCCCACUCCUCCCGGGGACUUUGCUAAUGUGUCGGUCGAAGAGAUGAGGACUGCCAUCUCUGAAGGCGCGGGCGGAGCCGGCUUUGAUGGAUGGGCCGCGAAAGAGCUUCGGGGCCUUUGCACUUCCUGUGCGUGGCUCGUGGAUGAUCUGGUGUCGCUGUUUAAUGAAACUCUGCAACAUCAGAGCCCUGAGGUGCUCCAGGCUUGUCGCGACUCCGUUUUCGCCUGGCGCGUGGUCGGCAUCCCUAAAAGAACAGAGGCGGCCACUCGUCCCAUCGCCGUGGCCAGCUCUCUUGUGCGAGCCUUCAAUCGUGCCAUCCUCAAGCGAUGUCCCGAGCCUCCUGAGGGCCAGCAGUGUGGAGUCUCUGGACAGUCUGCGGUCACGGCCACUCUUCAGUGGCUCGCCGUCCGGGCCCAGCGCGGCGCGGAGCUUGAUCUCCGACGUGCAUUUGACACCAUUGAUCACAGGCUUGCCGGAUGCGCGGCCAGCACAUAUGGUGUGCAUCCGGUGGUCAUCCGAUACCUGCAGCAGCUCGUUUGGUGUGCGCCUCGGUCCUGUGUGGUCGGCGGCGAACCCCCGCCACGCCGCAUCCAGGCUACUUGCGGAUUGCCUCAAGGAGACCCAGUUUCCCCACUCUUCCUCUCCUUCGUACUUGGCCCUUGGUUUAAAAUCGUUUGUGCUUUGCCUGCCAUUUCGGCAUUUCUUUACAUGGAUGACAGAAGCCUCUUAGACUCCGGAGAUAGGAAUUCGCUGGAGCCGGCUCUUCGCCUUACCGAGUGGCACGAUAACACUUUGGGCCUCCAAGAACAUUUGGGCAAACGCCAGCAGUGGGCCAUCGACGGGUCCUACGCUGCCAGAGCUGUCGAGCACCUUGGCCUCACUGCCACUCCUGGGGUUGAUGUGCUGCCGAGCACGCGCGCUGGCCCUGAUGAUCUUAAAGCCUUGGCUAGCCAGCUGCAGUAUUUGCCUGGUGCCAUGGAGAUGAAAGAGCGCCUUUUGGCAGCCUUCAUUUUGCCAAAAAUUUCUUGGGCUGCGCCGCUUAUUCCUGCUGUUGAAUUUUCCAUCGUCAGGCACUUAGCACGUGCAAUCGAGACAGGCUGGACGCCGAAGGAGUCGACGACGUCGACGUCCAAGCUCAAAGUCACGCCCUAUGGAAGCGUUGGAAAGCUAGCCUUAACAAACUUGAGCGGAGUAAGCUCGCUGUCUGGCGGGGAGGUGCAACUCGCACUCGCACCCGUCGUCAUUUUCAAGGACAUCGCGUACAGCUCAGCCGCAGUCCCAGACUUUGCGCCUGCGAGUGGUGUCCCCAUCCU